AUGGAAGAUGCAAAAGCGAGCUUGAUGGCCAAGGGCAGCGUUGUCGAUGCAAGCCAGUACCCGGCCUUCUUCGCAGGAACACUCGUGGUGGCCAGCUCCGGCAGCACGGACAUGCCAGAAAACAAAGCAGAAACUGACAAGGAAGCUGCAAAUGCUGACCAGGAAGCUGCGAACACUGACAAUGAAGAAGCCGCGAAUGCUAACAAGGCAGCUGUUCCGGCUUGGGCUGCAGAGUUAGGAAUCGAUGGAGAUCAUUGUGGCUAUGUUCGCGACUACUUCCGCAAGCGCUCGCAAGAGACUCCUCCGUGGCUGGAGGAGGAUGCUGGCAUCUGGCAGCAGUUGGAGCACGGCCGCGCCUAUGACGAAGAGCGUCGGCAGGCUGUGGACAGCUAUGCACACAGCGUGACCUUGGAGAAGGAUGGGAAGCCCACAGCCGUUAUCCGAGCCGCCCCAGGGGAGGACGUCGAGCUUCACGCCAAGGGAUGGAUCCAAAACAAGGAGGGUGACACGAGCCUGCAUCAGUUGCUGCUCGUACUGGACACGACGAUCAUCGCUGAGGUCUACGACUCCAUUCCUGGAGGCGGCGACACCUUCGAGACGGCCUUCUCCUUUAAGGCUCCUGAGGAGCCGGGUGUUUACAUGAUCUGGAGGUUCAACGAGCUCCAGCAGAGCAUGGAGGAGGCGAAGGCCAUUUUUGAGCAAGGGCAGUCCGCCGAUGCUAGGUACCCAAGCAGCUUUGCAGGCUGGCUCGUGGUGUAA